GAUACUUGUGUACUGGCGCAUGGGCCGAAAUAGGGAAAACAAAUGAAAUAGAUUAUGGUUUGGUAGAAUUAUUUAGAAAAAAUCUUAUUAUUUGUUGGAAAUAUAUAUAUUUUGCAAUGGUGUCCAGGAAUGAUUUAGAUGCUAUACAGGCAAAGUUAAAAAUUUCUAUUCAGAGCCAUCAGACUCUGGUCACGUCCAUGAAAAAUGAACCACAGAGUGCAGAACUGAAGAAAAAGCUCCAUGAAUUGCAGAAAGAAAUUUUCAUUCUUAGUGAGAAACAAAGAGGCAUAGUGCAGAGGCUGAGAACGGACAUAGUAAACAGACAGCCAAACCAGCCCGCUCCAGCUCCCAAGAAGUCCCCAGCCAAGCCCCCGGAAUCUCAGCCAACUCAGAUAAUGCCCCGCCCAAUUCAGCCCCGUCCCAUCCAACCAGCCCCUCCCCUACAGCCUAUUGUUCUCAGGCAGCCUGUUCAGCCUAUUCAGCCUAAGCCCUUGAUUGAAAAUAUUCCACCAACUCAAAGUACAGGAACUCGAAUGAGUACGGACUCAUCUCAGCAGAAACCAGGCUCACCGCCUAUACGAGUACCAACCUAUCACAGACCUUCAAUUCUACAGGGAAGUAAGUCUCCCAUCAGUAAAAGUUCUCAUAUGACAUCAUCCUUUGUGAGAAAACCAUCAGAUUCAGACAAUAAGGAGUUCACCAAACCAGCCGAGAAAAAACAGGUGUCUCAAGAGGAAAAAGAAAAAAUGUCAUUUAUUGCUGCAUUGGAUUUGGUGACACAAGAGACGCUAAAAGAAAUGCAGAACAGGAGAUAUGAGAGAAAGAGAAGGACCACUGCUAACCCUCUGUACAACUUUGAACCCGAGAGAAAGAGACCUCAGAGCUUAAUGUUAACAUCCAUUUCAAAUCCAACCAAUGGAAAAAGGGGCAGAGGCCGCCCUCCAAAGUCCCGGUCUCCCAACAGUGUUCCAGGAACUCCUGAAAGUAGCGAUGGUCACAACACUAGUGGAAUAGCCAGGCCUAGUUGUGAUGUUCAUGAUGAUUUCUGUGCAGUGUGUAACCAGUCCGGACAGCUACUUUUGUGUGAUACCUGUAGUAAAGUAUUCCACCUCCAGUGCUUGGAUCCACCCCUCAGUGAGAUUCCUGAUGGAAGAUGGAGCUGCCAGAAAUGUCAGGCAAGUGGAAGAGCUGGAUGGUCAUCAAAUGCUAUAGCCCGAGUGAAUAACUUCAUCACUAAUAAAUCAGCCAAAGAGGAAGAGAGAAGGAGAUUACAGAGAAGGAACAGUGACUUGUUAAGUGAGAAGUCACAACUAGAGAACAAAAACAAACAGUUCAAUGACAACCUAACGGUUCAAAUGCAGAGACGGGACACUCUUUUGGAAAAGAGUAAGCUACACCAACAAAAAAUUGAAAGUCUGAAGAAUUUCAUCAAACUCCUACAGAACUCCUAAUCUGAAUUUUUCGGUAGUUAUAUGGUUCCUGGAACAAGAUCAUUGAUGUGUAAUAUUGAGAUACUGUAUCUUGUAAUAUUUCAUACAUUGUGACUCAUGCUGCAGGUCUGCAUACAGAGGAAUUCAUGUAUUAGUUACUUUAAUCUGGAUAGAGCUGACAAUUGAAUCCUUUUUUGUGGUGAGACUCUAGAGGAAGGAGAAAAUGUAUGAGAGUAUUUUUUUGAUGUAUUUUGUAUUUCAUAGAACAUUUUUUUUAAAAUUGUCUUUUUAUAUGGUGGAAUUAAUUUGAUAAAGCUGAAACCAUAUGUGAUUAAAUUUCAUUAGAAUAAUUUGAACAAGGAAAAAAAGGGCUAUAUUUGGAAAUUUUAUACAAAAACAGUUUAUUACUUUUUUCAGUUACAAGUAUGUAUACACCUUUUCUUUACAUGUAUAACUAUAGCAAAACUCGGGAAAAAUUCAGCAACAGUCCUAAUUAUUGCACUGUAAAAUUUUAUAUACAAGACAAUUAGAUAGGCUCUGAAUAUGGAUGCUGCAUUUAUUGAGUAAAUAACUAAGUUAUGACAGUGACUCUUUGUGAUGUACAUUUUUGAGUGUUGUUUGUAAUGGACCCGAGUCAUCGUUUUUGACUGUUAUUGGAUAUCUUAUCUCACCAUUCAAUCAUGUUGAUGUUAUGACUGAUAUAUUUAUGAUUGCAGAAUACUGAGUGAAUAAGAACAUUGUAUGUGAUACAUUUAUACCCAUUGUGCAAUUUGAUAUUGUGUUGCAUGUUAAUUUAUUCAAGAAAAGGUUAAAAAUGUUGAGGAAUGAAAAUGUACUAAAUAUA